AUGAAUUCUGAAUUAUUCGCUUGUUAAUUUUGCAAGGAAUAUUUCUCUAUUUAAAGAGAGCCAUUUUUAUUACCAGAUUGUGGUCAUAGUGUAUGUGCAGAAUGUUUAACUGAAAAAUUAAAAAAUGGGAAUUAAUUUGUAUGCAAAGAAGAUGGGUAUUAAUUUGAAUUAUAAUCACAGUGUACAAGUAACUAGGAAUUAAAUGAAUGAAUUUCCAAAAAACUUUGCUUUAUUAUAAAUAAUAAAAAAUAGACCAUUAAAUAGGAAAAUACAAAUUAACAAUUCUCCAAAAUAAUUAGAAAUAGAAUAAGAUCCUGAUAGAUGUAAAAAACAUGGUGAAAAAAUGGAUGUUGUUUGUGUUGAUCAUAGAAUAAGAAUAUGUGCAAAAUGCGCAUUAUUUGGAGACCAUGUAGAUCAUAAAGUUGUUAAUUUAGAAGAUGCGUUAAAAAAAAUUAUUAGAAGAAUUCAAGAAUUAAAGGAUAUGUCAGAAAGACUAGAUAAAGCUGCUAAUGAAACAUUUGAAAUGUCUUAAUAUUUUAAUAAAAUUGAAAUGCAUUUUUAAUCUAAUUUAGAUAUUUAGAUUAAGUAAGUCAAUUCAUUUUUUGAUGAAUUAAACAUAAUUUUAGAUAAUAAAAGAAAUAAAAUCAUUUCAGAAUGCAAGGAGAAAAUAAUUCAUUCAUAAGAACUUUAUAAUAAAUAUAUCACAGAAGCAUUUAUAGAUGUCUAAAGAAAAGUAGAAUUAUGGAGAAUGACUAGUAAAGAUAGAAUUCAUUAUUAUGAAGAAUAAUAAAAGUCAAAUUCUAUUCCUUUCGAAUUAAUAUCUAUUUCUUCAACUAAUGAAUUGAUGUUAAUAGGUGCACAAUAUCUAAAGGAAUUAGAAACUACAAAAUAAUAAAUAUUACUCAAAAUAGAUGAACCCUCUUUUAGAGAAAUUCAUUUGGAACUUAAAAGUGAUUUAGAAUAAUUUAUAAAUACUAAUUUGAUGGUUUAUUAAAAAGAUCCUCAAUUUAGAGUAGAAAAUUCCUUAUUAAGACUUGAAUCUAUUACGGAAUGUUCAUUACUAAAAGAUAUUAAUAAUUCAAUCAUAUAGGAUCCAUUAAACUAAAAUCAAAUGGAAUAAUGGAUUAGAUAAUAUUAAGAGAACUAAUAGUAUAAAUAAUAACUAAAUUAAUAACAUUAAUUUUAAUAAUAAUAAUAAUAAUAAUCAUAAUAAUAAUAAUAGUUUUUAAAUGUAUAAUAAUAAUAAUAUCUAUAAAUCUAAAAUUAACCAUAUUAAUAAUAAUCCUAUUUAAAUCAUUAACGAAUAGAUCCACCUGUAACAUCCUCAGAAUUGGAUGAUUAAUAUUUAAAUAAUUUAAAAAAAUCUCCUUCAGCAACAACAUUAGCAACAAGACGAACUGUCUCUCCUUCACCUAUUCGAAGAUCAAUAAAAUAAAAGAAAAUAAAUGAAAAAUUCUAACCUUUAAUUUUUAAGUUAAAAGGAGACAGUUUAGAUUAGUGUGAUUUUAGUUAAGCAGAAUUAGGAGAUGAAGGAUUAUUAUCUUUAAUUACUAUAAUAAAAAAAACAAAAAAUUUGAGAGUAUUGAAAUUAGCAAAAAAUAAGAUAUAAGAUGGAGCAGCAUAAUAGUUGUUAAUAGAAUUAAUAGAAAAAUAAAAUGAAAAUGAUUUAGAAAAUAACUAAAUAUAAACUAUUAAUUUAUCAAGCAAUAUGCUUACUGAUAAAAUUAUUGAUACCAUUCUUGAUUUAUGUAAAAUUUUUAUUUUUUCUUAGGUAAAAAAUACUCUAAAACAAUGUAACAUUAAUCUUUAAAUUAAAUUUAUCUAAAUUAAAAUAUCAUAAACUUAACAAGAGUGAAAAGAAAAGUAGAUGAAAUUAAAAAGUAUGGAUUAAUAAUUGCCAUUUGA